AUGAGUGAUUCAAAAAAAAUUGGAAAAUUUAUAGUUUUGGAAGGACUUGAUAGGUCCGGAAAGUCAACACAAUCAAAAUUAUUAGUGGAAUAUUUGAAAAAUGAAAAUAUUGAAGUUAAACAUCUUUAUUUUCCAAACAGAGAGACACCUAUUGGACAAAUAAUUGCAAAGUAUUUAAAAAUGGAAAAUAGUAUGCCAAAUGAAACAAUUCAUUUAUUAUUCUCAGCAAACAGAUGGGAACUAAUGAAUGAAAUUAAAAGUUUACUUCUAAGAGGAGUAUGGGUUGUUUGUGAUAGAUAUGCAUAUUCAGGGGUAGCUUAUUCUGCUGGAGCUCUGAAUUUAACAAAAAAUUGGUGCAUGAAUCCAGAUCAAGGUUUAAUAAAACCCGAUAUUGUUUUUUAUUUAGAUGUUCCACCUAAUUACGCUCAAAAUAGAUCUGAAUAUGGCGAAGAAAUAUAUGAAAAAAUAGAUGUUCAAAAAAGAAUUUAUGAAACUUAUAAACAUUUUUCAAAAGAAGACUACUGGACAAACAUUGAUGCUACAAAAAAUAUUGAUGAAAUACAUAAAGACAUAUUAAAAUAUAUAAAGAAGUUAAAAAUAGUUAAAGAACAACAUUUUAAGUUUUUAUGGUCAUAA